AUAAAUUAAUUUGCUGUCAGCUGCCUAACUUAAAAAUAAACCUGGCUAAAAACCUGGCGAAAUUCAAAAGUUUUAGCGUACCAAUUGAGCAAGCCUUUGUUUCAUUUAAAAGUUCCAAACUCUACUUGAAUCUGAAAUACUCUACAGAUAAAGAGAAUUCUGAUAAAAGAUGAAAUGUGAAGACGUUUUAAUUUUUGUUUGUAUCUGUCUGUGUCAACUUGCAGGAGCUAUUUCUUAUUCAAUUGCAAAUCCUAUCUAUCCUUUUGAGGCACUUAAACGAGGUGUAAGUGUGUCAGCUUCUGGACUGGUUUUAGGUUCAGCAUAUGUUACCUCUUUCAUAAUAUCCCCAUUUGUCAGCUAUUUUAUAUCAGUUCAGAGCACUCGGAGGGUCUUUGCAAUAGGAUCUGUUCUGGGAGGUUUUGGAAAUAUUUUGUUUGGAUUUCUGGACAAAAUUGACUCAUCAAUAGAAUAUUUUUCUUUUUCUCUAUUUUCUCGGACAAUUAGUGCUUUAGGAGAGGCUGUUGUUCUUAAUUCUGCUUACCCUUUAGCAAUACAAAUGUUUUCAGCAGAACAUAAAGGAAAAGUUGUGGGAAUACUGGAUUUCUUCUUUGGGAUUGGAGCAAUGGCUGGCCCCUCACUCGGAACCUUAUUGUAUAGUAUUUCUGGUGGUUUUGCUCUCCCGUUUUGGACAACUGGCAUUGUAACGGUUCUGCUGGGAGCCGUAAUGCUUUUUGGAAAGAAUGAAAAGAAGAAUGAAAAUGCCAUUUCACAUAAAGAUAUGGAAACCUCACCUUGGAAGAAGUUGUUGAAAUGUCCGGGUUUCAUUGAAAACAUUGUCUCUGUUGUGUUUGUAUUAGGACCUGCUAUGAAAUGGCAUUCUGCAUCUUUUGAGCCUCAUUUUAUAGAAUUGUAUGGUAUAUCUCCUGAAGAGGUUGGAUUGAUGUAUAUGGCAUGUGCUGUGACCUAUGCUAUUGCAACCCCCAUAACUGGAUUUAUCAUUGAUUGUGGAUUCCCUUCAAAAUGGAUGCUUUUAGUUGGACACAUGAUAGUUCUCAUUGGGAGCAUGACAUUAGGUCCUUUACCAGGGCUUUCGUUUAUCCAAAAUGUCCCUGCUACAGUAGUUUCCUGGGGGCUUAUCGGAGUUGGUAUGGCAUGUUCUUUUCUUGCUUCAUUUUUUAAUUUAAUGCAAUGUGCAACAGAAGCAGGUCUUCAAGAAUCUGAACAGACAACUAGCCGGAUUGCUAGCUUAUGGGUGCUUUCUAAUUAUUUUGGUGGAUUUCUAUCUUCUCUAGUUGGUGGAAUCACUUAUGAUCUAAUUGGGUUCUCCUGGAGCACAACUUUGCUUGUUAUUCAAAUGGGAAUAGUGACAUUUGGAAUACUGGUCAGUUUUAUAUUUCAUGGAUCACCUGCUGUAGCUACAGAGUAUCAAUCAAUUCAAAAUUUGAGUCCUGAGUCAAGUCUUCUUACUGAAAGAUUUAACAAGCCAAAGCUAGAGAAUAUAAAUGAAACCUCUCAGUAGAUGUAAAACUUUACCACUAAUGUUUUACAAAAUAAUUAACUAAAAUGUGUACGGAAAAUGUGGCCCAAAAAUAUGUCCAAUAAAUGAAAUUUCUUCA